AUGGCUUCCCGAUCCCUAAACCUACUGCGUACAGCAUCGCGCCAGCUCCGCAUUUCCUACAGCCCAUCAAGAAGCCUAGGUACUGUGUCGACUCCGAAACGAUAUCCGGCAACAACUGCAACCAAACCCACCACUUCGACAACGACAUCAGCCGCCUCUAAGCCAGCAACACCCACUCCCACGACAGCAAGACCUACAACCUCUUCGCCCUCCUCAACAACCAAAAUUGCAACCUCUCCUCCUACACAAGCAGGCAGCGCAACACGAACCCGCCUCCCCGCCGUCUCAGGCCAACCAGUCCCCGAUGCGCCGGCCACAGAAGUCGACCCGUCCCUCGGCAGCCCUGUCGACUGGUCUAGCUCAUUCCACGGCCUAGGCACAUCAACCUUCGGUCCCGAGGUGGCCGCGGUCCUGCAGGCGCCGCUCAGCCCAGACGACAUCGAGAUCAAGCCAGACGGUAUUAUCUACCUGCCCGAGAUCAAGUACCGCCGCGUUCUUAACGCGGCGUUUGGGCCGGGAGGCUGGGGGUUGGCGCCGAGGGCAGACCUUGUGGUGGAGGAUAGGCAGGUGACGCGCGAGUAUGCGUUGAUUGUCCAUGGACGCUUCGUAGGUCAAGCCCGCGGUGAACAGCAAUACUUCAACACAGAUGGCAUCUCGACUGCAGCCGAGGGGUGUAAGUCGAACGCCCUGAUGCGGUGCUGCAAGGACCUGGGCAUUGCGAGCGAGUUGUGGGACCCCCGGUACAUACGUCGCUUCAUGAAGGAGUAUGCACAACAGGUUUGGGUUGAGCAUGUUACCACAAAGAAGAAGAAGCAGAUUUGGCUCAGAAAGGACGAUGAUAUUCGGUAUCCGUUCAAGAAGGUAUAG